UUAAAACCAUACCCCCACCCAAAAACCUCUCAUUUUCGUUUUUGUGAUUAAUUCCAUUUCUAUAUGGAACAACUCUCAAUUGAAAGCAGCUUGAAUCUUAAUAAUCAUGAUGAUAUAUUUACAACAUCAUCAUCAUCAAAGAAUUGCAGCAGCAAAGUUGAAUGGUUGAAAAGGAUGGUGAAGCUGAUUGUGUUUUGUUUUGUUUUAGGGUUGUUUUUUUCUGUCUUCUCUUUAUUUCCCCAUUCCUUUAGUGUCUACUUUUCAACUUUCCUCUUCUCCAUUCUAAACCAUGCCAUGGAAAGAAAAUACAUGUUCUUAAUUUGUAAUAUUGGAAUUCUGUUUCUUCUUGCCACUUCCUCUGUUUCUUCUUCUUCCUCUUCUUUUGGGAAUUAUUGUUCAUUUCCCCAUUCCCAUCAUAAUCAUCAUGACAACUUAUUUGAACAUGAUGUUAUGGCCGCUGCUGCCAUUGAUGAAGAAUCUGAUUCUGACCAGGCUCAAGAAGAGGAGGAAGAAGAAGAAGAAGAAGAAGAAGAAGAAGAAGAAAAGGAAGAAGGAAUAAUUUGUAGAGGUGAAUUAUUAGUGGAAGAAUUAGAAGAAGAUGAAGAAGGGUGUUUUACAGAUGAGGCUGAAGAAGAAGAUCAAAAAGAAGGAAAAAGGAGAGAAUUAGAGAUAGUGGUGAGUACAGAAGAAUUGAACAAGAAAAUUGAAGACUUUAUUAGAAAAAUGAAGGAGGAAAUGAGGAUUGAAGCAGCUCAAACUCACCUCAUUGCUGUGUAAUUUGAUCAAGUUAAAUAUUGCCUAAUUAUAUCAAUAUUAAUUAUGUCAAUAUAUUUGUGCUCUAAUAAACUUUUUCUUUUAUAUA